CGCACGCAGUCUUUCUCUUACCAAAACAAAACCCAUCUCUGAUCUAUUUUUUUCUCAACCUAACCCUAACCCCCAAACCAAAAUACUACCCUACCCCCUUACAAACAAAAAAAGGUCGAGACUUUAGGCCCAUCUUCUCUCUUCAUAUCUCCUAAUACUUAACCAACGGAACCCCACAGUUCUUAUGCUAAAUUCUGCUCUGAAUUUGGUGGGUGACACCAAAAAUUCACCCAUGUUUCCUUUCUUGGUGAGACCUAGCUAGCUAUUACUCCCAACUUCAUUACCCGACUUCCUCGUCUUCUUAUUUUCUUCUUAUUUAUUUCUCUCUGCUUAUUCCACUAUAGCUGUUUCCUUCAGCUCCUCCACAAACGUUAACGUUUAGUGCUACUUUUUGUCUUUCCAUUAGUUCUUUUGGUGGUCUCUCUACCCACUUGGGUCUUGUUUAAGUGAAUAGGGCUGUUUUUUAGAUACUAAAAGAAAGAGAUAAAGUCAAAGAAACAAAACAAAAAAAAAGGGCAAGAAUAUGGAUCCAGUAACGGCUCAUGGGCAUUCUCUUCCUCCUCCUUUCCACACCAGAGACUUCCAGUUACACCAGCACCAAUUUCCCGGCCACCACCAGCAACAAAACUCAGAAGAUGAGCAAAGCGGCAGUAGUAGUGGCGCCGGCCUUAACAAGUCCCAGAAACGAGAGCGAGAUGAAACUAGCAAUAACAACAGCGAAGGCAAAGAACUGAUCCCAACUGGCCCAGGUGGAGGAGAGAUCAAUAGAAGACCCAGAGGCAGACCCGCCGGAUCCAAGAACAAGCCUAAGCCCCCAAUCAUCAUCACCCGCGAUAGCGCCAACGCUCUGCGCACUCACUUAAUGGAGGUUGCUGAUGGGUGUGAUAUUGUUGAAAGUGUUGCCACAUUUGCUAGGAGGAGGCAAAGAGGGAUUUCCAUUAUGAGUGGAACUGGAACUGUAACCAAUGUAACUCUGAGGCAACCGGCUUCGCCAGGUGCAGUUGUGACCUUACAUGGUAGAUUCGAGAUAUUAUCACUAGCUGGGUCAUUCCUGCCACCGCCUGCACCACCUGCUGCUACGGGCUUGACCAUAUAUUUGGCUGGUGGACAAGGACAAGUGGUGGGUGGGAGUGUUGUUGGUACACUUACUGCUUCAGGUCCUGUUGUGAUUAUGGCUGCUUCAUUUAGUAACGCUGCUUAUGAGAGGCUUCCUCUAGAAGAGGAGGAUCCACAGCUACCUAUGCAAGGGGGUGCAAUUGGAUCUCCAGGAGCUGUUGGGCAACAGCAACAGCAGCAGCAGCAGGUUUUGGGAGAGGCAAACGCGCAGCUCUUUCAUGGAUUGCAGCCUAAUCUCCUCAAUUCAAUCCAGUUACCAGCUGAGGCAUUCUGGGCCACUGGUCGACCUCCCUUCUAACUAAAAGACUGAUUCUCAAGGCUGUAUUAGUUCAGUUUCCCAUCACCUUCAGCUUAGUUAUCAUCAAGAGGUGACAGACUUUGUAGCUAGCUAGAGAAUUUGGGUUGUUGAGCAUUUUCAGGUUUCGUUUCUCUUUUAUUUUCCUGAGUUUCUGUUUUGCAUUUGAUGUUCAUUAGCCUAUAUGCCUGCUUGUUGAUUGAAGGACUGUAAAUUUUAUAUAAGAGGGUCCCCGGUGGUUUUCAUUUCA